CUUGCAUCCAUUUUGAAUCCUUUUCCUGCAAGGGAACGUGCGGGUUCUCAACGUGGUAAAUUCAUAAAAUAUCCGGAAUUUCCAUUUAAUUGAUGUUUUAAAAAGUUUAAUAACAAUCUACAAUUAUGGCACGAUACGGUCAGAGACCGGAAAAUGCUCUCAAAAGAGCAAACGAGUUCAUUGGGGUUGGAAAGCCUGCCAGAGCUUUGGAUACUUUGCAAGAGGUCUUCAGAAACAAGAAAUGGGCUUACAACUGGUCGGAAUCGGUUUUGGAACCGAUUAUGUUCAGAUAUCUGGAACUAUGUGUAGACCUCAAGAAGUCUCAUAUAGCUAAGGAAGGUCUCUUCCAAUACCGAAACUUAUUUCAAUCUGUUAAUGUUGGUUCACUUGAAAAUGUUAUCCGAGGAUAUCUACGAAUGGCCGAAGAGAGAACAGAAAAUGCUAGAGAGCAAUCUGCACAAGCUGUCAUUGAUAUUGAUGACUUGGAUAAUUUGGCUACUCCUGAAAGUAUACUUUUAAGUGCGGUUUCUGGUGAAGAUGCCCAAGAUCGAUCUGAUCGUACCAUUCUAACGCCAUGGGUGAAGUUCCUAUGGGAAUCAUACUGCCAGUGUCUAGAGUUGUUGAGAACUAACGCCCAUGUUGAAAAUUUAUACCAUGACAUCGCCAGAAUGGCUUUUCAAUUUUGUCUUAAAUAUAAUAGGAAGACAGAGUUCCGCAAGUUAUGUGAUAAGCUUAGAAAACAUUUAGAUGAUAUUUGCAAGCUACCUACCCAGGUCGCUAAUGUUAGCAUUUCAAAACCAGAGACCCAACAACUGAACUUGGAAACUAGGUUGCAUCAGUUGGAUUUUGCCAUCCAAAUGGAAUUAUGGCAGGAAGCUUACAAGGCCAUCGAAGACAUCCAUAACUUGAUGAACAUUUCAAAGAAAAUGCCAGUACCAAAAACCAUGGCUAAUUACUAUCAAAAGUUAGCGAUGGUAUUCUGGAAAGCAGGAAAUUAUCUAUUCCACGCUGCAGCAUUGAUUAAGCUUUUCCAAUUGUCAAAGGAGAUGAAGAAGAACAUAACUCCCGAAGAGCUACAAAGGAUGGCAUGCAGAGUUUUACUAGCCACAUUAUCUAUUCCCCUUCCGUCUGCACAUCCAGAAUUCGAUAGAUUUAUUGAAACUGAUAAGUCGCCUUUGGAAAAGGCCCAGAAAUUGGCUGUUUUGCUGGGACUUUUCCAACCGCCCACCAGAGCUAGCUUGCUGAAAGAUUUGGUCCGAGUAAAUGUUGUAACUCUUGCUACAACUCAACUUCAAAACCUCUACAACUGGCUGGAGGUAGAAUUCCACCCCCUGUUUCUUUGCACUAGAGUUCAAACGGUCAUCAAAUCCAUAAUGGAUGAAGAGAACUCGCAACUUCAACAAUAUAUCGUACCUUUGCAAGAUGUCACUCUGGUAAGGCUUGUGAGACAGGUGGCGCAAGUUUAUCAGACCAUCGAAUUCGAUCGUUUGAUUGAACUGUCCCAAUUCAGCACCCCUUUCCACAUGGAGAGAUUGCUGGUCAACUGUGUCCGUUACAACGAUAUGCAGAUUCGAAUUGAUCACGGUAAAAGAUGCGUUCAUUUUGGCAUAGACCUCAGCGAAAGCCAGCGGGAAGAAAAACCAGAGGGACCGACACUUCAAGUGAUGCCCAGCGAACAAAUCCGCAACCAACUGGUCAACAUGUCCAUCGUUUUACAUCAAUCUAUGGCCGUUAUCAAUCCCCAACGUAAGAAGAACGAAAGAGACAGGCUCCGCACUGCAAUGGUACAAAAUUACCAUGAGAACAAAGUGCGAGAACACCAGAAGAUCUUGCAACGUCACAAGAUCAUCGAAGAUCGCAAAGAAUACAUCGAGAGGUUGAACACCGUCAGGGAGGAAGAGGAACAGAGACGUUUGGAGGAGAUACAGAGGCAGAAUCAACUGGCUGAACAGAAACGUUUGGAACACGAAAGGGAAGAGAGGGAACGGAAACGGGCCUUGAACGAGAUUCAGCAGAUAAAGGAUAGGCAUCUGAAAGAAAAAUUGCAACAAAUUAGUCAGACGGGGCACGGACAAAAGAUGCUUAAAAAGAUGGACGAAGAUGACAUCAAAAAAUUGGACGCUGAUCAAAUAGCGGCUAAAGAGGCGGAAGAGUUGCAGAAAGAAAGACGUGAAUUGCAGGCCAAACUCAAAUCGCAAGAGAAAAAGGUUGACUAUUUGGAGAGAGCAAAGCGACAAGAGGAAAUACCUUUGCUUCAAGCUUCUAUCAAAGAGAGACAACAACAAGAUCAGAGUUUCUGGGAACAACAAGAGAAAGAGAGGAUUGCCGCUGCCAUUGAAGAAAGAAAAUUAGCUGUAGAAACAAGAGAUAGACUUUUGAGGAUGAAGCCAGACAAGGAUGCUUUCUUAGAAAAACUCAAGAAAGAAAGGAACAUUGUUUAUGAGGACAAACUCAAAGACUUCGAAACACUUAUGGCUCAAGAGCGCAAGAAACGUCUACAGAAGAGAAAGGUAGAACGUAAAGAAGAUAGGCGUAUCCAUUGGCUGAGAGAGAAAGAAAAGUUCGAACAGAAGAAACGCGAGGAGCAGAAACGCAAGGAAGAAGAAGAACGCCAAAGGCUCGAAGAAAUCGCUCGCAAAGAGAAGGAAGAACGUGAGAGGAUCGAGCAAGAAGAAAAAAUGAAGAAGAGGAAAGAGCAGGAUGAGAUGUUGGAAAGGGUUGCCGCCAAACAGAGGGCUAGAGAGGAAGAAGUUGAAAGAAAAAUCAGGGCACAAAGGGAACAACUUUCCGAACAAGUCAAGGGAGGUGGAGGAGGAAAAGACAACUGGCGAAGCAAGGGUGCCACCAUGUCGAGAGAUAGCGAUAGGAGAGAUGAUAGAAGAGACAUCGACAGGAGAGACGAUAGGAGAGACAGAGACAUCGACAGGAGAGAUAGCGAUAAAAGGGAUAGAAACAUGGACAGGAGACCAACCACCGAAACAAUCUCCGAAAGGAAACCCUUGUUCGAUCGCGAGAAAGAUUCCGAAAGGAGACCUCAAACGUCCGAUCGCGAAAGGGACAUCGACAGGAAACCUGCCCCAACCUCGGAAAGGGAAAAGGAUACCGAAAGGAAACCUGCUCCAGAUCGUGAAGAGAAAUCCACCUCUGGAGAAGCUGAUACCACCGAUACCGGCUCUUCUUGGAGGCGUGGUGGCGACAGCAAGCCUCCUGCAGCUUCUGACGAAGUUAAGAGGGAUGUUUACAAGCCUAAAUUCAUGAGGAGUGAAGAACCCUCUCGUUCGUCAGAAACUUCGUCAUCCUCGUCUGGAUGGAGGAAUUUGAGAGGAGCCGGACCUCCGAAGAGAGGAGAUGAUGACAAACCGUCCUAUAGGGGUGAACAAAAGCGCGAUGACCGCCCCAGGAGGGAGUAUCGUCGUCCGGACGAGAACAAGGAAGAGGGAGGUGGCCGCGUAGGCAGCAGCGCCUGGCGUAGCGGCCCGCCCGACAGAAGGAGGGAGGACAGGGAGCCGCGCGAAAGGACCGACGACGCCCCCAGAGACAUGAGCUCGUGGAGGAGCAUGAGACGUCAAGACGACGAUCAGCAGUCUUCCUCCGCCACGUACCAGCGUCCGCUCAGCAAGGGCGGCAUGAACAGGGAACGGGACGGGCCCAGGAACGGGGACGCGCCCAAGGAGCGCGACAACUCCGAUUGGAGGAACGCCCGCAAGGCUAUGGGCGGCGACGAUCAGAACAAGAGGGGAGGUGGCGGAGACGAUAAAGAGGCGCCACCAAAGGAGAAAGUUCGUGAACAGCCAGAAAAGACACAAGAAGAUGCAGAUGGUUGGUCCAGAGUUCUGAAACGUCGUUGAAAUCCAACUGAUAUUUUAUCUCUAUUAUAUACCUAAUAUAUUCAUUCACUGUUCAUUUUAUUAGGCGAAAAAGGAAUUAUAAUUUUUUUGAGCAAUUUGAAUAAAACUUAAAAUUGUAAUUGCUUUUUGUGCAAAUUUGUAUAUUCUUUUAAUGUUGGAAUGGGUAUUUUAAACAAUAAACUAUUAAUAUGAA